GAGGGAAACCCUGACUGAACAGUUUCCUGGCAAAACCGUAAAAAAGUAUAGCGUGCAGUGCAUUGCAAUACGCCAAUGUUGCUGAGUAGUUAGCUAUCGCAAAAAUUAGUGAUUAGUAUACUUAUUAGUGAAUCCGGCAGUAACCUAAAGCCUCAAUAUGGAUGACGACGUUGAAGGAGUUGUCUGCAAUAUUAGAGCAGUCAUCAAGUCACACAAAGGACCGAUGACAGUCCAUAGUCUUAUGUGUGAUUACAAGACGAUUGUGGGAUCUCCUAUUCCUUAUCAGCAAUUGAACUUUCCAACUAUCGAACUAUUUCUUAAAAGCUUACCAUCUCUACGGGUAACUGGUAGUGGUAGAGACAUGAUGGUAGAGGCUGCUGCAAGCAGCUCCUCAGCGCACAUUACCAGUUUGAUUUCUAAACAAAAAUCUGCAAAGAAGAAGGAGUAUUAUCCUCCAUCUUCACGGAGGGGUCGUCCACCUACAAGACAAUCAUACUCUACGUACGGAAGGCAGAGAGGUAGAGGUCUGCCCCCAUUAGCCGCUCCUCGGUUUCAGAAUAACGAUAAUAGGGAGGAGCAGAUGUACUAUCGCAAAGACGAACAGUAUAACUACCGCAGGGAGCCGACUUACUAUCGCAGGGAGGAGCAUGAUAACUACUCAAGAGAACAACCUGAUAUCGUAGUUAAAUUGGAAGGAAAUGACAAGCGACAGGUCUCAAUGGGAGGAGGUUCUAAUGAAAAUAAACCUUCAUCUCACCCAAAAAGCACACGUCCUAAAAGUGAACUUCCUCCGAGAUUUAGACGAAUGCAUCAAAGUGGACUUCACCAAGAUGAAGUUUCUCAACAGAUGUCACUUCAAUCCUCCUCUAUUCAUGAAGUUGCUAAGACAAAAGGGGAAUCUUUAUACUCAAACCAUUCGAAAAACGCAGAUAUACAGCAGUCCAGCUCUAUUAUCUCACCCCUUGGACCAGGCCAAUUGGUGGCGGCAGGUCGUGCUCAACAGAAGGCUGCAAUUUCCAAUUAUGGAGAAUUUUCAUUGGACCCUUUUUCAAUUGAAAACAAAGAACAGAUGAAUUAUGACUCAGCUGGGAUGACUCAGGCAUUUGAUUUGAAUUUAAGAUUAGAAGAGGCGCUAAACUUUCAGCGUCCCCUAAUGGUUGAUGACAGCCUGUCCUCCCAGCUAGAACCCAACUUGUCUCCGCAGUUUCAGCAUGUUCCUGUGCCUGCUCCUGACCUCCAGAACAUGUCAGCCAAUGUCCACAUUCUGCUCCAAUACACCACGGCUCAGGGUUGGUCCAACCCUGAGUAUAAAGUGUUUGCAAGAAAACCCAAGGGGGAGCCAAAGAGGUUUGGUGCAAAAGUCAAGAUAACCAGAUCGAACCAGGAGCUUAAGCAAUGUGCAAGCUAUCCGUUUGAAGAUAUCAAUGAGAAUGUAGCCAAAGGCUACGCUGCUAAAAAAGCUCUUGAGGAAUUUCAAGAGGAAGAAAAGGUGAAGUUAGAUAGAAAGACCAUUAGUACAGACAAAAAUGUUAUAUUCGAUCGGGUUAGUGAACUUGUUGCUGGCUUGGAUGCUGGUAUGUUUGCCAAAACUGUGGAAGGCAAAUACUAUGACACAUUCUCAGAAAGUUUGCCAGAUAAUUGGAUACAGACACUUACUACUUGCCCGACUCUCUCUGUGGAGUCCUCUCUAAGUGAUAUAAUUAUUGUAUCAAAAGACUUCAAAUUGGAUCCUAGUCAUAACCAACAAAUGGUGGUACCAGAGCAACUCAACCUGGAAACCCUACCCGAAGGUUCCUUGGGCGUGUAUAUAACCCAUGCCACUUCCACAUGCGACGUGUGGUGUCAGAUUGUGGGAGAGAUGUUCAGUGACAAACUUGCUGACCUGACCAUGGAAAUGCAGCGCUACUACAAUGCGGAAGGGGCAGGAGAGUUGGUCCUGGAUGUACAAGUGGGACAGUAUUACGCUGCUAGGUCAUCCCAAAGCUGGUUCAGAGUGUGCGUCUAUGAGGUGAAAUAUGAUACCAGGGAAGCAGAAGCUUGGCUCAUCGACCAUGGAGAUAAUGAGACUUUUAAAUUCAAUUGCUUGUAUAGAUUACCAGAGCAGUAUUGUUCCCUCCCUAGACAGGCAUUACAGAUUGCACUGGAGGGCUUGGAUUCUUUCAGCGAUGAUCCGAUUGCCUCUGAAGUAGUGGCAAUCAGUCCUUUUCUGAUUGGAAAGGUUUUAGUUGGCCUAAUUACUCACAUAGAUACCCAAACGGAUUUUGUAAAAAUGACAUUAUUCGACACAACAGAUGCUAAAGUCGAUAUAAAUGUCAAUGAUGCUCUUCUAGAUGAAAUUUAUGCAAAGGCAGAACCCCAGUUGGUGACCGAGGGGUGUGCAAUGGAGGUGUAUGUAAGUAGUAUAUCAAAAAAAGGAGAAGUGUACAUACAGAUACCAGGCGGAGCAUGUGAACGUCUUGGUGAAGUACUGAAUUCAUUGAGUGAUGAAGAAAUCUCUAAGCACAAGCUAACCAGCUACAGACAAGUUGACACAAAUAAGAUCUACCUGGCCAAGUUUAGUAAGGAUGAGGGCUGGUACAGGGCAGUGGUCACUGCCAAGCCUUCUAUGCAACAGAAUAAGAUUGCAGUCAGAUUCAUUGACUUUGGUAAUGCUGAAACUGUCAGCAUAUCAGAUAUUGCUGAAGUUGAAAACUUACCUAGCAUCCUUAACAAGCUUCCUGCUCAGGCUGUCAAAUUGGCAAUGCACAACCUCCCGGUAAACACACUUACUAAUAUUGAAAUUGCUAAAAUACAUUCAAUGCUACUGAACGAGGAGAAGGAGAAAACGGUUCUGAUUAAAACUGUCAAUCUUCAAGAGGACCCGCCGCUAGUGGAAAUAUUUUACAAGAAAGACGACGACAGUGCUCUAGUAUCAGUCAAUAAUACCAUUGUAGUUCAACGAUUAAUCAAACCUAUUGAGAGAAGAAUACAUAAUGACAGUCAAAAUGGAGUCCAGGAUCCCUUGAGUGGAAAACUUAAACGUCCUGAUUUAGAUGGAGAUUUUCUGGAUGUUUUGAUUACACUAGCAGCCCACCCCGGAAAUUUUAUUUUCCAGCCAUUGAAGUACAAGAGCAAGCUGACAUCGUUGAUGUACCAAAUGCAAGCCUAUUACCAAGCAACUGCAUUGCCAGAAGCUGACACAAAAUACGUAAUCAAAGGUCGUCUGUUUGCCGCUCAGUACAUUGAUGAAACUUGGUACAGGGUGGUUGUUACAGAAGCAAUAAUUGGUACCAAAGUAGCAGUACGUCUCUGUGACUAUGGAGACAUGACAUGUGUGCCUGUGUCCAAUCUGCGAGACUUGGAAGAAGAAUUCCAGAGACUACCAUUUAUGGCAAUUAAAGGAAAACUGGCAGGAGUUGUCCCACUCCACACGGACUGGUCCGUUGACGAUUGUGUCCGGUUCCAGAACCUUGUAGUGGACAAGCCAUUGACCUCAAAUGUGACUUAUAUUGAAGAGAACUUUGAGGAUCCAAUGGAAACUGUAGUAUCACUACACCUUAGAGACAUCCAAAAUGAAAAAGAAGAAGUGAUCAAAGACAUUUUAAUUAAAGAAAAUAGAGCCGUCAGGAAUGAAGAUUAAGAUAUUAUAAGACUGUCUAACAAUUUGUUAAAUAUGUAGUUAUGAUGUAAUAUAAUGUAUAUAUUACCGUACCUAAUUAUUAUGCUAUGAUUUCUUUAUAUGUUAUAUAUAUGUAUACAUAAAUCUUGUUUUAUAAGUUGUUGCUUAUUUUUUAAUAAAGAAAAAAUUAGGUA